CGUGAUCUCGGCUGCCAGCGAGGAACAGGACAGCGACGAUGGGUCCUUUCUGGGUCUGAACAACGCAAAAAUCAUUCCACCAGCACCACCUGACGGUGGAAUAAUUAACGUGCGAGUUGGCAUUGCUGUUACGGAUGUCCAAGUCGAAGAGGAAAAUGAGGUUUUACAGCUGGGCUGCUACAUCCGCACCAUAUGGGAGGAUCCCCGCGUCACCUUGCCCGUCGGGGCUUUAUGUCGUCAGAAGCCAGUGCUACUUUACAUACGAAAGAUACCCAAUGGAUAAACAGAGAUGCAAGCUGAGAUUGCAAACAUACAUGUACACUGAUGACGUGAUGCUGGUUUCCUGGCACCACUCUGGUGUGGAGCUGUAUUUCGACACCCGGCCGCGCAGUUUCAAUGUCGAUGAUGUACGCAUUGCCGAGCCAGAGGUCGACUAUACCCUCACCGGGGCCCUGAGUGAGGUCAGCUUCGAGGUGCUGCUGACGCGCAAAGUGCGGAACUCUGUCCUGUCCGUAUUCGUGCCCAGCUUUAUGCUCAUCUUCGUCAGCUGGCUGUCGCUUUGGGUCCCUCCAGAACUGGUGCCGGGCAGAAUGGUGCUGGUGAUCACCACUCUGCUGACACUAACGGGCCUCUUCAACGCCAACGUCCAGAGCAUGCCAGAGGUGAGCUACGUAAAAGCUCUGGACAUCUGGAACCUGACCUGCAUCGUCUUCGUGCUCUUCACUAUCGUCGAGUACAUCGUUGUCCUAAGGUUAUCAUACACUGACAGUUCCAGUCCGCAGGUGGUGCCGGAGAAAAAUGGAAAGGCGGCCUGGACCCUGGAGGGGAGGUGGACCGGGAAGGACAAGGCAGCGCUGCUGGAGAAGGGUUCUCGUGCCUUCUUGCCAGUGGCCUUCUUCAUAUUCAACAUUGCCUACUGGAGUUACUACCUGAACGACAGCCAGGAGUAAACGAGCCUGUGGGCCUGCGGUCCGUAACAGAAGGCUGAGGUGGACAAUGGAUGUGGACAA